AUGUCAUCCGCACCAAAUCCAAAAGCUUUCCCUCUUGCAGACUCUGCUUUGACCCAGCAGAUUCUUGACUUGGUCCAGCAGGCCCAAAGUUUGAGACAGUUGAAAAAGGGUGCCAACGAGACUACUAAGACCUUGAACAGAGGAAUUUCAGAGUUCAUUAUCAUGGCAGCUGACACGGAACCUAUUGAAAUCCUUUUGCAUCUUCCAUUACUUUGUGAAGAUAAGAAUGUUCCAUAUGUUUUUGUUCCUUCUAAGACUGCUUUGGGAAGAGCAUGUGGCGUUUCUAGGCCUGUGAUUGCAUGUUCCAUCACUACUAAUGAUGCUUCUACAAUCAAAAACCAGGUCUACGCCAUUAAGGAUAAGAUUGAAACUCUUUUGAUCUGA